AUGUGGUCAAACCUUUCCGUAACAUCCAUAAAUCCUAGGGAUGCUCAGUUGUACGGUCCUGAUGUAUACUCAAUCGUUAAUCCUGAUGCAUUAAACGAGCUAAGUAAGGAAACAAAGGAUAUGAUAAAGAGAUAUCGCAUUGAAAAUAAUGUCAAGAAGGAGAUUUCGCAGCCGCUGAAUGAAUUCAUUAGUUUAACCGAUCAGGUGAAGAAGAGUUUCAAAUGUUUUUGCGGAGGAGGUCAAAUUAAAAUUAACAAUGUAAUCGGGGUGGAUAAAUACUAUAUAGAUCUGAUGAAUAAGGUCAACAAUUUCUAUGGAAAACACAAUAAACAACCCAUACCUAGAUCAAGAUUUACUUCUUUCCUCAAUAUAGAGUUAUUUCUAUUAUUAGAACACUUGUCACCUACAGACACUGAAUCAAAGGCAAAGAUUUGUGUGUUUAACCAAAUGCAAUUCAUUACUAAAUCUCUAUUCCCAAACUCAAAACUCACCCUAUUUGGAUCAAAUAUUACAGGAACUUGUUUACCGGGAUCAGAUCUAAAUUUGAUGCUUGAAGCUGAUGGAGAUCGGGUAUUGAAUUUAAAAUUACUAGCGUAUGUAUUGGGGCAACUCGAUUUGUUUCAAUGUUUUGAGUGUAUAUUAGGGACAGAAGUACCAAUAAUUAAGGGUGUGCACAAGAUUAAGGGCUAUAUGGCAACAAUUUCCAUCAAUUCUUCGCUUGAAACACACAAUUUUAUCACUAAAAAGAUGGAAGAAUUUAAGUAUAUAAAGCCACUUAUAAUUUUGUUGAAAUUUUUUUUACAAUCGAGAAAUCUUGGUGAUACUUACACUGGCGGAGCUGGAUCUUACACAUUGUGUUUAAUGAUCAUACAUUUCUUACAAAAUCACGAAUCAAUUGUCAAUAGCAAUUUUAACACUACACUAGCUGAUUUGAUGAUUGACUUCUUCCACUUUUGGGGAUACCGAUUCAACUAUGAAAAUAUGGGCAUUUCAAUAACUAACGGUGGUGGUCUAUUUAAAAAGAAUAAACAAGAUCAAAAUCUCUCAUUGAUAGAUCCAAUUGACUCGAACGUAGAUGUCGGAAAACGUGUUUUCAACUUUCAUCUGGUGAAGAAAGCAUUUCAAUCAGCUUUUAAGAAUUUGAAAGCUUCUGAAUACGACUACAACUUGGAUUUUGCAAAUAAACGCAUGCCAAUUGACUCAUCUUGGAUUAAAGGAAACACAAUCAUAGAGAAACUAUUCGACCCACAACACCCAUUUUUCCAACACAGGAAAGUUGAACAUGUUAAUGAACCAAUUUUAGAUCGCUACAAAAUAUUUUCUAAAGAAAGCAAUGUCAAAGAUGGCUAUGAGGAGGCUAGGAAAAGUUUGCAAUUAAUCAUAAACGGAAGUGAUAUCACUGUUGAUUUGGAUCACGUACCUUAUAAUGUAGCUGCGUUUAGAUUCUCUCAAACCUUUUAG